AACAGAUAUAAAGGAGACACAGAAGAUCAGAGGUUACUCUCAAGUCCAGUCAGUCCCAGUGAAGUGCUUGUUUCAAACCAUAGCUUCUGAAGAGUACAGGCUGCUGCUUUUCAGUUAACUGCCAUGGCUCUUGGACUCCUUUUGUGGGUUUCCUGGAUUUGUUUUUUGCUGUUUGGCUUCAGCUCUGGAUUGCCAGCCACAAGAGGUCAUGGCUAUCCUCAUAAGUCUGACUACCGUAACAUCGGCGCCGAUACCGAUGACGACGCUCUGAUGUUUGACGACAGCACCUGGCAAGAAUCAGACCACCAACCCAGUGAUCCAAACUACAAACCUGCAGCUGCACAAUGGCCAGAACCUGCUGCACCGCCACAAAGCCUGCCCAACAACCCCAGUCCUCCUGAGGUGGAGAGGCCAGUUACUGGAGGUUCUGGAUACUGGGGCAAACCUGAGACCCUGCAGCCCUCAAUCCCCUCCAGCCCAAACUACAGGCCAGCUGUCCCCGUAAAGCCUCAACCAGGUCCUGUAAAGCCUCAAUCGGGUGGCGUCUCUACUGUUUUUGUGCAACCAUCUUCCAGUUUUGUAUCCCAACAGCCUUCCCAAGACCAGGACUCAAACUCCGGCUCCAGUGGAAGUGGCUCAACCUUUACUCGUCUCGUCUACGAGGACGUUUUUCAAUAUCCAUCUGAGAACAAACCUGAACCAGCUGCUUCUACAAACCGUAUGCCUGCACCUCCAGCUGGUGUUUCGACUGCUUUUGCACGUCCAACAACCCAUGUAUCUGCACCAUCCUCUGGAUUUCAACAGCCUGAGCCUGUUUACAAUGUGGCUGGUACGUCAGUUUCUGUUUCCCCGAACCAGGACUACAAGGAAGAGUUUCGUUAUCCAUCUAGAAUCGCUGGACCUUCUGGUACUGCACAAGGGUACAACCAGGGUAAUUAUAUGAGACCGCCUACAUCUCCAGCUGGUGUUUCUACUGCUUUUGCACCAUCCUCUGGCCAGGGUACCUACAGGAGACCCUCAUCCCAAAGUUUCCCAAAUAUAGGAAAGUACUUUGAGUCUCGGUUUCCACAAAAACCAGCAAUCAGCAAGCAAAAGGUCACUAAAACAGUGAGUGAACCGAGCCUUCCUCCCCUGCUGCCCCGUCGAAUCUAUAUUGUCCAGUCCAGAAAUGGCUACCAGCGAGCCAGGUACCUCCACACCGCCACCAGCUACACCCAGCCCACACACCCCAUCGUCAUGAUGCCUAUAAGAGCAAAGGCUGUUAAGGGUAAAGCAGCUGCCCCAAAGGGCGUGAAGAACCCUCAGAGGACCAACUGGUAACCAACAUGGCUGCUAAUGCAUCAAAGUUGCAGGAUGAAGAAAUUAACCCCACCAAGAAAUAAAAAAUAAAGCUUUUGAAAAUUUUAA